GUUCGGACCCCAAGAUUGCCACGUCACACGCGUUCACUAUUUACGUUCUCAGUGUCCACUUAAAGACCGCUGUGACUACUUCAAAACACUUAUGACGUCAUUAAACUACAUAACAAGUCAUUCAUCAUAUUACACCGCGGUUGAUGCCAAAUAGGCCGAGCUUCUUCACGCCCGCUCAGGUGGCGGCUCACAAUACAGCGGCCGACCUAUGGGUGUCCUUCCUGGGCAAAGUGUGUGACCUGACCCCCCUGGUGAGGCAGCAUGAGGAACGAUUUCUCCCAGGCGAUGUUUUGCUGCUUCCAAUCAUGGAGUUUGCAGGCAAGGACAUCAGCAGCUGGUUCGACCCCGAGACCAAAGACGUGUUGACGUUCGUGCACCCGCUGACCGACUGCGUGAGCUACUACACGCCGCGGGGACGCUUCGUGCACGUCCCGCCGGCCGGCCCGCGUUCCGACUGGGCCAGCGACAUCGAGCCGGCCUGGUGGAAGGACCGGCGCUACGAGGUGGGACGGCUGUCCGCCAAGACCAGGUGGAUACGCGUCAUCAACACGCUGACGUCGCAGGAGCAGCGGCUGGAGGUGUGUUCCGAGGAGACGCUGGGCGAGGUCCUGGAGCGCUACCUGCCGUACAACUCGCACGCGUGCAGCUACACGUGGAAGCACAACGGCGCCAGCCUGGACAUGAGAAAGACGCUAAGUCAGAACAACGUCCCCGACGACGACGUCAAGCUCCAGAAGCUGCGUCUCGACUGCGAUCUCUUCACGCCCGCCAUCCUCCUCCACUUUAACGACGACCUGACUGAGGGAUGAAUGCCACGUUGUGUCAAUCACGCCGUGUCGCGUAGAGAGCGAUGACCUCAUUUUAUGAAUAAAGCAUGUGUUUGUGUGUUGGCGUUUGAAGCGUGUGAUGUCUUUUACAAAAACUGCGACUGGAUCGCACACAAACACACACAUAGUGUAGUUCAAAGUUCGCUCGGCGGUCACUCACCUCCAGCCGGCCUCGACAUUCUCUGUCGCCCCGCUCCUCUUCAUCACGAAGACGCCGCAAAGAAGCUGAUUACCAUGACGACAGAAUAUCACGACGACGUCGACGAGGACAACAGCUUCUGGAAUAAAGGACCCGCUCUCCGCUCUCGUUCAGGCGUGUCCAGGCUCACACGCCGCUUGUUUCCCUUUCUGACCGCAGCAGCCAUCUUGAGUCUGGG